GAUACGACCUAUCGAUGCACGCGCGUACAUUUUUGGCGGUUCGUCCGAACGCUGACGUUUCUUUAGAGGUUAAGUUUCAUACAUCGAGCGUGCAAAGAAAUAAACGUACAUCAUGGAAAACGAAAAGAAUUCCGCGAACGACGUUAGUGAAACAAAAUGUGAGGUGAAUUCUAACAAUACACAAGAUGAUACCCGAAUUACCUGCAAAGAGGAUUUGAUUCCGUACUUCGAAGCCUGGGAUAACGACGUUAAUACAGUUUAUAUGUCGAAGGUUCCACAAAUAUGCAAAGACGAACCGUGUCAGCUUGGCAUCGACGAGGCUGGACGUGGGCCAGUUUUAGGACCCAUGGUUUAUGGAAUUUCUUACGCUCCCUUGUCGAGGAAGGAGCUCCUCAAAAAUCUGGGCUGUGCCGAUUCCAAGAGCUUAACAGAGGAGAAGAGGGACGCGAUUUUUGACAAUAUUUGCAAUAAUAGCGACGCUAUUGGUUGGGCCGUUGAUACAAUAUCGCCUAACGUUAUCGCAACCAGUAUGCACAGUCGUAGCAAAACGUCCUUGAACGAGGUGUCUAUGCUCUCUGCGAUCGAGCUGGUUAAAUACGCGAUCGAGGCUGGCGCAUGGAUCACAGAGAUCUACGUGGACACCGUGGGCAAGCCGGAAAAGUAUCAGGCUAGGUUGGAGCAGAUUUUCCCAGGCCUGAAGAUAGUUGUCGCGAAGAAGGCUGACUCCACUUAUCCCAUCGUCAGCGCCGCCAGUAUCUGCGCCAAAGUUUCCCGCGAUCACGCGAUUGGAGCUUGGCAGUUUCGCGAGGGCUCGGUGAAGAAGGAAUACGGAAGCGGAUAUCCAAACGAUCCAGAGACGAAAAGGUGGCUGUUGGAGAACGUGGAUCCUGUAUUCGGGUUCCCGCGUAUCGUCAGGUUCAGCUGGUCUACCGCCGACAAGAUCUUGCAAUCGCAGGCCCGGUUAGUCGAGUGGAAAGAAGUCGAAGACGAUCAACGGUCCGGCGAGCAAAAGAUCUUCGAGUUCUUCGCCAGAGCGCCCGCCAAGUCUUGCCAGUCUCAGAAAAAGCAGCACUCGUUCUUUACUGAGAGAUGCCUCUUCCGGGCUACUUUAUGACCUUCCUAGGUUGCAAUUUAAAUCGUACACUUAAUGGUUUUUUUUUUCAAUGGUGAUCGAUAGCGGUUCUUAGGCGAAACUGAAAUCUCCGCGAAUGAUACACGCAUGGCGAGGAGUACACUCUCGUUCGUCGCACGUAGACGUGAAACGUCGUUUUUAUUAUCAGAACGUUAAGUUAAAGAUAAAAGUCGGUUCGAUUUAUGUACAUAUGUACAGAGUGCUCUUAUAGUUACACCGUAUACAAAGAGUGGCUGGGCGAUGCUCGGCGAUGCCUAUGCACACUCUAUGCCUCGCUUGUAAUUAACAGUUAGGAAUGUUUUGGCGCGAAAUGUUCUUUGGUAAACGCGCGCUACACACACGGGCGCACAAUCAUACACACACUCACUCACGCACUCGCAUACUGAGCUUUGUAAUAAUUCUAGGAUAACAUAUUUUUGCGGCUGAUUAAUAGCGACUAGAUUGAUAAAAGCUACGACGAAAGAGAAACGUUCUUUCCCGCUGGGCUGAAACUUCAUCGUUCUUACGCGGUUGGACGACAGAAACACUCGUGUACAAUUAGAUAUAAAUAUGCUACGCAUUCACUCUUCAUCGCAUUCUUCGUCAAUACAGCCGUUCAAAUGAUUAUUACUCGUUCGUACCACGCUCGUGACUCCCUUAAUGAUAAAAGAUGAAGGAGUGGGGGGAGGGGACGAAAAACGUACGCAGGGCGAAAGUUUACGCACUCUCGAAUACCUGAAGAUACUCCGUCGAUCAUAGAUUUAUAAAUUUGCACUGUUUUUUAAACUCUGUCCACUGAAUUAUGUCAACGACUGAAUAAAAACUUUGAAACAACCACGAUCGUUCAUCUUCUGUCGACUCGUGCCAUAAAUCUGUGCGCGUAUUUGUUCCAGCUAUCGCGGAUGUUUCGACAAUUGCUCCUUGAUAACUUCAAAGUCACGGUUAAGCGAUCAGAGAUCUGAUAAAAGAAAGAAACAAAAUGGUGGACAGUCGGAACAAGGAUACGCACAGACUUACGGACCGAUCCGUUAAAUAAGAAUUUACACGUUUCGCCAUUUCUAACACUCUAACGUAUUGACGUGUGUACUCUGAUAAGUAUAUUCUCUGGUCUAUGUCUUCGCUAACUCCACUAACUGCGAUUAUAAAAAAUAGAAACAACACGGUUAAUUUAGUACACAGUGAUCUCCACACGAUUCUUGGUUUUAGAAGCCUGAAAAGGAUGAGCACGAAGGACACGACGCGUCGGUCUG